GUUCAGCCGCGCCGGACGUGGGAUUACAGUGCGAAUUGAGGGUUAAGAAUUCGUACGUACUUUGAUGAGGACGAAUGUGUGGAAGUGUUAACCGAACGGUUGUUGAUCGUAUGUUUUGGCGACGAGUAUUCAGGAUAUAGGCGGUGCUAUGACGAUGCUCGCGAUGGCGCGAGGAUCGGAGGACAGGCGCGAGGAGCCUGAUGGGGAGACUGAGGCGGAAUGCGAGGCGAACGGGGAGGUGGACGUCGUGGGGGUGGAGGAGGCGGCUCCGGUGGACCUGACGCGGCGGCUGGGGCUGACCAGGCCUCCUGAGAGGCAGGCCAUCGCGUUCUCCGUGGAGAACAUCCUGGACCCCAACAAGUUCACGGGACGGUCCGAGGUGCCGCUGAGAUACGACGAGCAGUACUGGAGGCCGCACUACGACCGGGAUGACAGUGACUCCGUCAAAGACCACCUCCAACACUCGGACCUGGAAGCAGACGAUGUGGAGACCGACGACCAAACCUCCAACAUGGAUGACGACAUUCUUACCCAAUCCGAUCUGGACGAGAAUGGGGACCCAAAGAGUCCCACCAGCUCCAGCUCCAAGAAAGGAAAGUCUGGGUCUUCCAGCAGAGAUUCUAAAGGAGGCACCAAGCCCAGAAGGGCGAGGACAGCCUUCACGUACGAACAGCUGGUGUCUUUAGAGAAUAAGUUCAAGACCACGAGGUAUUUGUCGGUGUGCGAGAGGCUGAAUCUGGCGCUGAGCUUGAGUUUGACAGAGACACAGGUCAAAAUUUGGUUCCAAAACCGCAGAACGAAGUGGAAAAAGCAGAACCCUGGGAUGGACGUCAACAGCCCAACCGUGCCGCCCCCCUCAGCUGGGGGGUUCCCAUCCGGCCCCUACCCUGGAGGGCUGCUAUACUCCCACGGGGUUCCCUACCCCUUCACAGGCCCGGGACCCUACGCGCCAUACUUCCACCACCUCGCAGCGAACCACCACCAUUCUCAUGGGAGUCUGGGACAUUCCCACACGUGAUUGUGGCAGCGCCCAGGGUCCCAGGAUCCUAGGGUUGAUAAGGAAAAUGACAGCCCGUGCGGUCUGUCAAAUUGAAGUGACAGUGACAGUUAGUGUUGAGGUGUUGGCAGAACACAAGGUGAUGAUAAAAAUUAUCUUUUUUGAAAGAUAUUCUUCGAAUCAAGCAUAAAAGGUUCAUCACUAACAUGUGUUGGCGAAAAACAUUAGUGAACAAUUUUGCCAGUGACAGUUUCGGUCUAGAUUUUAUUAAACAUUUUUUUAACAUUACUAGUGCUUUUAGUGAAAUUGUCUAAGUGAAAUUAUGAAUCGAUUGUGAUAUGUAUGGAUAAGGAAAGCGCCGUAAAAUUUUGGAUAAUGAUUUUAUUGUGUCAGAAAUAUUAAAAUUACAUCCAAAACUUAAAAUCAUAUUCCGAAAUCUACCGGACACUCUUUGGCAUCUUUAAAGUAUCUACUUUCUGUUCCAAUGAACUGUUAGCACUCAAGAGUUAGCGCCAAUGUACAAGAAUAAGUCUUGUCACUCGUUAAGUACUGGCUAACGCCCGUAAUCACGAACUGUGCUGUGAGACCUCAUAGUAAUGUUUGUGAAAACGGGCGUAAGACAGUGGCGCCAAAGCAGUACCUACUAUCGUAUCGUAUUCAUUCACAGGAUGGCGCCACUGUCUAGACCUGUCAUUCACCAGUGGUGCCAACUGUUGAGCACAAAAACGGUAGGUCGCAUUGAACUAUCGCAAGUAAAUAUUGUAAUUUCCUUUGAAAUUAGAUAGUAAAAUACUUUGAUUUACAACCAUGUGACUAAUUUUCUGUAACUGUUUUAUGUAACUUAUUUAAUGAACAUCUAAAAUGGCAGUAUUGUUUAAUCAGCCAUCAUAAAGGUGUUGCAAUAUCAUUAUUAACUAAAUUAACGACAAAAUUUCUAAUUAAUAUUCUCGCAAUUAUGUAAAAAGUUAGUCUUAAGGUAAGAAAUGUACAAAAAGUGUUGUAAAUAUCAACGAGUAGUUUAGUGUUAAUGUACUUUAUUUUUACUUAAGUG